GCAGCGGUCUCUGAUAACUCAGCGCAAACCUGCAGUCUGGGAGGGAUGGUUCAACCGCGGAGACGCUCACUUGAAGAUUAAAGCAGGAUGUGGCGCGAAUUAUGAACCGGACGCGCGCGAAAUAAAGCAACGCGUUUCUGAGGCUCGAGUUUCAACAGUUUUGAAAAGCUAGCUAGAUGCUAAUACUGCUGUGGUCGUAGGAGCAGCUGCUCCGCUUCUUCUCCUGCUCUUAGCUUUCUACUGCGCUGUAUUUUGAUACAACAGCUCUCUUUACCGGCAAAAAGGGAGUUUUGAAAAACUAGCUAGAUGCUAAUACUGUUAUGGUCGUAGCUUCGCUUCUUAGCUUGCUAUUAUUCUGUAUUUUGGUACAACAACUCUUUUCUGGCAAGAAAAACCGGAGCUAGUAGCCACAGACAUAUCAUUUCUGUAGUCGUACUGAAGCUGAACGCUCCUCGAGCCGAUAGAAAACAGUACACGUGUAUAAACAGGGUAGACGGCGGGCAAACGCUUAAGAUGUCGGCGGACAGGUGGUCGUGGACUUUGACAGGAGCGACAGUAGCCGGUGUUACGGCGCUGUACCUGCCCAGUAUCCAGCGGACGGUCCCCGGUGGAGACUCAGGAGAGCUGAUCACCGCUGCUUGUGAGCUGGGGGUGGCCCACCCCCCUGGAUACCCUCUCUUCACCAUGCUGGCCUUUCUAGCCCUUCACCUAUUGCCAGGCAGUUCUCCUGCACACAGCAUUAAUGUGCUGUGUGCUCUGCUGGGGGCAGGGGCCAGCGGGACCCUCUGCUACACUGUCUGUAGGUUGGCUGGGCCUGGUCCGGGAGCUGUCCUGGCAGGAGGCCUUUUUGCCCUAUCCAAACUGGUAUGGCAGUGGUCAACAGUGGCUGAGGUGUUCUCUCUCAACAACUUUUUUGUGGGUCUCCUUUUCUCCCUCUUGGCCUGCUUCCAUAAAGCAGAGAAUGUGGCUCAGAAGACAAAGUUUGCUCUGUGGGGGGCGCUGUGCUGUGGACUCAGUUUGUGUAACCAGCACACUUUGGUCAUCUAUGUGCUCAUCAUCAUUCCCUGGGUGCUGCUCCAGCUCUACUCUCACAAUGGCUUGUGUUUUUCGGUUUUAUUUUCUCUGGGCCUGUGUUUCCUGGCUGGAUUUCUGCCCUACCUCUACCUGCCCAUCUCCUCAUACCUGAACACAGCCCGCUGGAGCUGGGGGGACCAGACAUCUUUAAGCGGCCUGAUCACACACCUGCUGAGGGCUGAGUACGGCACCUUUAGCCUGGCAAAAUCAGAGGGAAAAGUUAACAUGGGGAAAAUGCUUCAGGCUCAGUUGAAUCACUGUGUGGCAGAUCUCUCUGUUCCUGUGUUAUUAUUAGCACUGAUUGGUCUGCUGCAUGCUUCAUUGAAAAGGAGGCACUGUGCCUUUGUGUUGCUGCUUGCUGCUAUGGUGAGUCUCUAUUCUGUGUUCUUUGCCUGGAGAGCCAACCUGGACAUUGAGAAGCCCCUGCUGCUGGGAGUAGUGGAGCGGUUCUGGCUGCAGGCUGACGCUGGUGUUUAUGUUCUGGCUGGUGUGGGGCUGAGCUGGUCUGUGUGCUGGUUGAAGAAGCGACUGAGCUGGGGUGCUGUGUGGACCACAGGGGCGUGGCUUCUCACUGCUGGACUGCUCUCACAAAUGAUCCACUCAAACUAUAGAGAGUGUGAUCAGAGCAGGAACGAUGUGGUGGAAAAGUUUGCUCGUGAGGUUGUAUUUUCGUUCCCAAAUGGCUCAUUGGUGCUGACGCGGGGUGAUCUCCCCGGCAACACCCUUCGCUACUUGCACUACUGCCAGGGCCUGAGGCCGGACCUCAGCCUUGUUGACCAAGAGAUGAUGACAUAUAGCUGGUAUGUGUCUAAGCUUCAGCAACAUCUUCCUGGAGUGAAGUUCCCUGGGCACCUUUGGGACCCAGUUAACACUGAAGAGAAAAAUAGCUUCAAUAUUGAGCAGUUCCUUCAGCACAACACUCACAGGCCUGUGUUUGUGUGCAUUGGUCUAUCGGAGGGGGACCCAAGCUGGGAGAGGACGUUCUCCCGCUGGCCGUGGGGGGUGUGUGAGCAGCUGGUGCCAGUUACCAGCCGCUUGCACCCUGAGGAGUGGGCGCAGCGCACACAACACCUAUACAACUGGAGCCAGCCACACGACAGCUUUCCCCCUGGCUCAUGGGAAAGAGUGGCCAAUGAGGAAAUGUGGCAGGCCAGGAUGAAAAUGGCAUUCUUCCUCUUUGACCUUGCUGAGAGGAUGGAGGGAGGGGUCCAGGCUCGUCUCUAUGACCUCUCUUACAAUCUGUACUGCCAAAUUGUGGAUGCCCAACCUGACUAUCCAUCCAAUUGGGAUAAGAACCUGGCUCUUGCUGCAGAGAGGUUGCUCCGCUCUGGGGGCGGCAACCAUGAGCCAGACUCUCUCCUGAGCCGCAGUAUCCACCACUUCAGCCGCUAUCUUCAGAGAGAACCCACGGACCCACAGUGCCAGGCCAUCCGCUCAGCCAUCGCGCAUCUCCGCAAAGGAAGAGAGAGGCUCAGAGACUCUCAAAGGCAGAAACACUAGAUCUCUACAAAACCAUUGUGAAAAACUUGGGAGGACCAAGAAAUACCUACUCUAGGUAGCUGUCUGCUCAGAGAGAGAUUUAAACAGCCAUCAAGAUGGGAAAAGGAUGACAGAGACUGGAAUUCUAAGAGUGCUAAGUGCUGAUGCAGGUAUGAUAAUGUGUAGUAAGCACAGAGGUCAAAUCAUGCACUGUUGAUGUGAAGCAGAGUGAUGGACAUUACUGCUCAGUGGUGGUGUAGGGUCCUGUUCAGUACUGUACAGGGUACUGUGGUGUGCUUAAGUGCUGAAUAUAGAGGAUGAUUGUGUAAGCUACAGCAUGUCUUUGAAAAACUGAGCAAAAUGGCCAUUCGUUUUUUAGUUGGCUGUGGUAAAAACUGUCAGUUAGGAAUUGAUGAAGGCCUUACAGUUUCACUCUGGAAUUGUCUAGCCAUUCUGAUCUUUUGUUUACAUUGAUUUUAUGGGGUAUAUAAAAUUUUCUAAAUACUG